ACAUUUAAAAGAAGAAGAACGAUGAACAUAACCUUAAAUAAAUUCUAGGCGGUUAUCUUAAAAAAAAUAUAUAAACUAAAUUACUAAAUAUUUAAUUCUCAUGCUGUGUUCUGUUCGAAUACGAAACAGCACAAUUCGGGAUCUAAUAAAUUCAAAAAUAAGUUAUAAUGAAAAUUACUAUACCUGACGAUUUGAAACCUUCCAUCAAAAGUUAUCUAGAAGAACUUGAAUGCUGUAAAAAAUGUGUUUUUAGAUAUUUAGGAUACACAUUGUAUGAUGCAGGUGCUAGAGAAGUGUAUGCUGGAGAACAAAAUGUUAAAACUGAAAUCACUGACGAUUCCGAGUCUCAACCCCCAGCUAAAAAAAUAAAAACAAAUCCAUGUAGGGUCUGUUUGGAUACUUUGUGUACAGAAUCAAUGGAAAAUUAUUUAACCACAUUUCCUCCUGACUUUGAAGACUAUAAAAUUCCAAAUGUCCUAACAUUCGUAACGUUUCCCACUUCGAUGACACUCAGGGAACACAGUAUGCUGGUUGCUUUAAGAAACAAAUUUCCGAAUAUAUAUGCAGAUAUAAAUCUAUGUAAUUUGGAAGAUCUAAAGAGAAUUUUUAAAGCAGCAUCGUCAACACUGAUAAGUAAAAAAAUUAACAAAGUUCACCAUCAUGAUGCAGAUUUUGAAGUGAAUAUAAAUAUAAAAUAUGAAGAUGACAAUAAGGAGGCAGCAGAAUUCAAUAAAGCAUAUCCGAAAGCAUCUUCCAGAUUAAAUUUGGCAGGCUGUCUUAGAACAAUGAAAGACGACAAGUUCAAAGAUGUUUUUCCGGUGCCACCCGAAAUUCCAAACAGAUCCCUUUCGGCAGACAUAAAUUAUACGACAAAGCCAGUAUAUUUAGGAGGCAGAUAUUUGAAAUUUUCGCGGGAAAUGGGACAAACACCGUUCUUUGUCAAUGAUGUAGCUAUAUGUGUAUCAAGCGUACAAGAAACUAUAUUUCCUGCAAUAAGUAAAGUAUUGGGGUGUUCGGAGGACCAAAUGGUGUUUUCAGCCAGUGGGCGAGAAGAUAGUGACACGAGGAUGUUAGGCACCGGUAGACCGUUUUAUAUACAGAUUAAACAACCGAAAUUUAAUACUAUAACUACAGAGCAGUGUAGGAUUAUAGAAAAAUUAAUGUUGCAACCAGACGAGAAAGUAGUAGUGGUAGUAGUGAAAAAGCUUAAAGAGGUUUUCCAGCGCGAUUUGAAGCUUGUCAAAGAGGGCGAACAAGAAAAAAGAAAAACCUACUUGGCUCUAUGUAAAACCCUAUCUCCAGAUAUUGACGAAACCAUCGAGCAAAUCAACCUUUUCAAAACACCACGUGUAAUUCAACAGAAAACACCAAUAAGGGUCUUGCACCGAAGAUCACAACUGGUUAGGGAAAGAACCAUCUACGAUUUGAAAGCUACUAAAGUUGAAGGUGAAUCUGACUUAUUUUGCCUAGAGUUAGUAACGCAAGCUGGGACAUACGUAAAGGAGUUCGUACACGGGGAUUUCGACAGAACGGUUCCCAAUUUAAGUUUUUAUACGGGAUAUCUGACAGACGUAGUGGCGUUAGACGUAUUGGGAGUUGAACUGGAAUGGCCACCGGAAGACGACGAAUGAGGCCCUUCGAAUGUGAUCCUCCUCCCAUAAAGAUGUUAAUAGUUUAAAUAUGGUCGAAAAUACCGUGGCAAGACGUCUCGUAACACGACAGUUCGUAACCGCACAAAUAGUAAGGGAAAAUUCGUAACCGCACAAAUAGUAAGGGACAAUUCGUAACGACAACAAUUCGUAACGGUAUAAUUCGUAACGUCAUAAUUGAAUUAUUCUGUUUAUUUUUGUUAACGUGAAAACUAAAUUUUUAUCAUACCAACAUCAAGAUAAACAUUUUUAACUUCAUAUUUCGCGGAAAAUAUAUGUUUAAAAUCGUCUUAAAAUAAGUAUAAUCUAUACCCUGUUUUUAACCUAGAAGGAGGAAACUCAAAAGACAGAUUGACGCCCGAUAAUGUCACUAGUUAAAUAACCAGUUUUAUCUUCUUUUUUGGCUGAUCAUGUCAACUUUCGACGGUAAUCCAUAAAUAUUAUGUUAUACUCAUACGUCCCUAAAGAAUUCUAAAAACAACUGCAGGAAACAUAAAAAAUCGCCGAUAUAACUUAAUUAACCUAUGAAUUUUAAAUGCCAAAUUUCAUAAAUGUCAAUAGUGUCACAAAUUUCAUAAUUUAGUGGAGUAAACUUGCCUGCGCUUGGACCAAUUGAAUCGUUCAUUGUUGAAAGGGGGUACGCACCAUUUUCAACUUUUCGAGCCAUAGUAAAAACCCUUCUCUCUUUCUAUACGCACGUUGUAACAUUAAUGGUAAAUACCAACGCCUCGACGGUGGGCGCCAUUGAAACAUUAACACGUCAAAUGCCAGUGAAACAUGAAUGGAAAAUUAAAAUUUGACACAAUGUUGAUAUGUCAUAUAAGGAUGUGACGUGCUAAACAAUUUGGAGAACAAGUCCACGGUUGCUCAGAAUUGGAUGAGAUACGGGUGGGUUCUUAACAAGAUGUUAUUAAUAUGCCGUUAUUAGCUUAGAAAUAAAAAAAUAUAAAAAUCAAAUUAAGAAUGUCAAAUAAAAAGAAAUAAAAUAUUGGGCGCCACUGGUUACGUUAUGGGAACCAAAAAUAUACAAAAAAUUGAAAUAAUAAAAGAAAGGAUAGCUAAAUCAAAAAUUAGACAAAAACAUAGUCAAUGCAAAAUAUAUAAAAUACUUUAUUAAAUGAAAGCAAAUAUGGCGUGACUUACCUUAUCUAUGUCUUUACUCAGCUGUAGUUACGAAACAAGAGAGAAGGAAAUGACAAAUAAUAAGAUUAUAUUUUGCAAAUCAAACAUUAUUUAUUGAAACAAAAAAUUUAAUCUGUGAUCUCUUACGAUGUUACAAAUACAGAUCUACAGUUACGAUCACUGAAUAGUUUACACCUUAAUUUUUAUAUUGUAAUACUGUAAAAUUGCAGUGUCGUACGGAUUUCAUAAAUGUCAAAGUCAAAAAGUCAAUGCUUGUCAAAAAUUUCGCGAGUGUUGAAACAUAAAAUAACGAUAUAUCAAACUCCUCCAAAAUGAAUUUGAAUGAUGCACAAAGCAAGAGCAAUUGCCAAACUCGAAGAAAGUUGGUUUUUAAGACAAGUUGCUGCAGAUUUAGACGUGAGUCAUAUAUGUGCAUAUGGAAAAUCAAACAAAGAUUGGAUAAUUUUGGAUAGAUAUAAAAUAAAAUCGGUAUUUUCAAACCAGACUUCAUUGUUUUCAUUAUUAAGACCAUAAUCCAUUCCAUUCAAAAAAAAACUUCUUUCUAUACUUUCCAUUUUGUUAAACUUUGUAAAAUAUAUUUUUAUACUAUUUUUAUUUUUUAAUUUUAAAUAACAUAUUCUAGAUACACCACUGUUAACGCCACUUUGACGUAAAAUGUGAGUUUAAACGAGGUAAUAAUUUAAAAAAUCGGCUCCUAGAUACGUAAGCCUGUAAACUUUUCAAUGACCAUAACUGUACCAGAUUACGUGAUUACCAAAAAAAAAGUUUUACAAAGAAAAAAUAAUACCUUGUCACCAUAGUCCUGUUCUUCUUGGUUGUUCUAAGUCCAAGGCACAAUUCACUCACUAAAUGUCACUUUAAUUAGGAAGAGAUACAAUAGAAGUACAUCAGGUUACUCAUAGUUUAUAGAAAAAUUCCAUAGUUCAUAGAAAAAUUCAGCAUUGAAUGUAUUUUUGUUAAUCAAAUCUGCACUACUCGAAAAAACAUUAAAAAUAAUUUGUUUUCUAGUUUAUUAAACGGGAUCACAAAAUACUAAAAUGAAAGCAAACUUCAUGCUUAACUACGAUGUUGAAACUAGUAACACCAAAAAUAUUCUACUCCUUCUGCCUAAUUCGUGGAUCUGACUGCAUGUACAAAAAUGAUACCAAAAGUGGUAUAACAAUAUCGACAUUCGCCUAACAGCAGCGAAAAUACCGGAGUCCACAUCCUCUGUCCGCCAUGUCAUGCCGAGCUGAGCCAAGCUACCAGAGCAUUAGCCAGCCGGGCAAAGACACUUGCAAUAUGAAACUACAUCUUAAACUUCACUAUACUAAACUGGAAACUGACUGCUCAAACUAGACUUCACUUUUUGACGGCUCUAACGUAACUGACUUUCUCGAUCUCCUCAAAACUCAAUCUCCCAGAAUUCAACAACCAAUUAACAGACUUGACACUCAAUCAAUCAAAAUCUUGGCCAAUGGGAAAUUGCAAAUUACGCUCAAGGUGAAGCCCUCGAACGCACACCAAAACAGCUUGGCCAAUCACCAAAAAAAGAUUAACAAGCAGAUCUCAAAAGUUUGUUACACCUACUUUUCCCAUGAAAAAUGCUUAAGUCAGCUCUAUCAACGAUUAUUGACUCGAAAACACUUGAGAAACCCUAUCGCUACUAUGGAACCUAUUAUGUAAACAUUCGGCUCUAGUGGACAGAAUUCAGUCUCAAAAAAACAUUUAAAUUCUUUUGAUAACUCGCCGAAGAUAAACAAAUGAUCUACUUCUGGGCAAACGGAAAACAUAUCAUAGAAGAAUUUAUGACUUUGAUUCCUUUUGGCGGUUUUAAAAUAACGUAAACACUUGAAGAAAUAAAAAUUCAUCAAUUCACGAGAAACACAAGAUCGAUUCAAUACUGUGAGAACGAAAAAAAAAAUCAGAUGAUCUAAUUCCACAUAAUAUACGGUACAAUUCCCGAAACGGAUUCAGCAUACAGGGUAAACCGAUAAUACUAGGGGCGUACUAUAAAUACGUUCUUAACACAAAAAAAUUAAGGGGUGAUAUAUCAAUGACCUUCGUACCGUUACAUUUGGUGUUAAAUGCAGUUUCGCAGUAUAAACUAUGUAUAUCCAUGCAGUGCAUCAGUGUUUGCUUCCUUUCAACACCAAAUGACGCGGAUAAAGAAAGAAGGAAGGGAUUUUACUGUAACUCAAAAAGUAGAAAAUGACGCUUACCCCCUUUCAACAAUAAUCGAUUCAAUCACAAACAAGCAUUACGGCGAGGUAAAUUUUAAUUACUCCUAGUUUAAAAACGAUGUAUAGUAAUGUAAAUUGUAAUAAUUAAUUUUCGAUGGGUUUCGAUAUGUAAAUAUUGAAUGACGUUUAAUAAACGUAAUUUUUUUAUAUCCCGGAUAAUAAUUUUUUUAUUUAUAUUUUAAACAAAUUAUAUUAAAAUAAUAUUUAUAAAAGUAAAUAAACAAUUUUAUUAUUUUUUAUUUAUUAGUUAGAUUUUACUCAAAUUAACUUAUAUUUAUAUAAGUUAAUUUGAGUAUUAGUAUAGUAUUUUUACUACAAAAACGUUAUUGCGUAGGUCAAAAUUUUUGACGUAAGAGAACUGUCAAAACAUUAGAAUGUGACUUUUCAUUAUUGCCAUGUUUAUAAUAAUCAUGGCAAUAAUGAAAAGUCACAAUCUAAUGUUUUGACAGUUCUCUUACGUCAAAAAUUUUGACCUACGUAAUAACGUUUUUGUAGUAAAAAUACUAUAUGUACAUAUUAUGUACUUAGUUUUACACGGUUUGACUUUGACAGUUCUGGGUAUGCUUUAUUUACACGUUAGCAGAUGGCGUUAGGAGUAUAUUGAAAUAUUUUAAAUUAUUAAUGAAACAUAAAUAUUAUUUGAUAUUAAGUUUCAUUAGUAUAUAAAAUAAAUAAGGUGUUUAAAAAUAAUAUUUGAGUAUCGUUUGAUGAAAGGCAUUAUUAAUAACUAACUUUGGUAGAAAUAUAUUUCUUUUGUAUUUACUACUUCAUCAGUAGGUACAUCUUUCGCAAAAUUAACAAAAAUAUUGGUUAGGUACUUUAAGAAAAAUAAUUUAAAGCAGUAACUUUAUAGUUAUUUGGUUUACAUGCAAGGCUUUUAUUAUUUUAAAAAUGUAAUUCUUAAUUAUUUUCAAAGUUUGCUGAUUCUAUAAUUUUUAAAAAAUUUGGUGGAUUGACUGUAUAUGGCAAUUGAUUGCAUGCCCCGUCGCCCGUCGCAUGGCGACGGGUAAAAUUACUAUUAAUGUAAUACCCUAUGAUUAAUUUAAUUGUAGUAAAUACAUUAUUAUAAAACUAUUUUUGUUUGUUUAACUAUUUUUCAGACUUAGUGUUACAACUUUAACGUGAUUAUUCAAAGUAAAUAAUUAAAGAAAUGCUUUAGUUGUCAUAUUAAAAAGAAUAUAUAAGCAAAAAUAUGUGUAAAUUGUAUUUAAAAAGAAAUGGUCUUAAAAUAAGUACCAUUACUUUUACUAUAGGAAAUGCAAAAUCCUUUUUUUUUUUGUAUAAAUUCAGUAAUAAUAAAUUAACUAAAAAAAUUAAAUGUUGGCGUUACGAAUUGACGCGCGGCGUUACGAAUUGUCCGUUACCAUUUGGGGUUUCAAACUGUCGCGUUACAAGAUGUCAUGGAACCCAGAAAUACACAAAUAAAAUCAUUUUAUGAA